CGGCGCGGUGUCCGAGCCGUAUUCCCCAGCGCGCCGCCGAAGUGUGGUGAGGGCUCUGCCAAUCGCGGGCGGGCAGAGCGGGGCCAGGGAUGCGCGGCGCUCGGAGCGCAGACAAAAGAAGUUAAAGAGCCGCUUAAUAUAUACAUGUUUUUGAAGGCGAGUAAAGGGAAAAAAAUAACAACAGCGAGCGUAGAUGGGCUUGGCUGUGUCGUUAUGGAGCCCCCUUUGAGCAAGAGGAACCCGACACUGAGAUUAGCGGAUUUGGCAGCGGCUCAGCCCCAUCCUCACCAGAACAUGACAGGCUUCCCGGGGCUGGGGAACCACCACGUCCACCCCCACCACGCGGCCCACCUCCACCCCGGGGACGCGGGCGGCGACCCCGGCGGCGCCCUCACGCCGCUCGGACCCGAGCACAUGGCGCAGCCCGCCGCCCUCAAGCUCACGCCCGAGGCGCUCACCGCCGCCGCUUCGCCGCGCCCGCCACCACCGCCGCCGCCGCCGCCGCCACCGCCGCCGCCGCCACCGCCGCCGCCGCCGCCUACGCCUCCCGCCGCCGCCCUCCCGGGAUACCCGUCGGGGGAGGCGGCGGGCCGGGACUUUCUCCUGCGGCGGGAGCUGCCCGCAGCCGCCGCCGCCGCGCACGGGGCGCUGGGCGAGCAGCACCCGCCCGCCGGCUCCCCCCACCUUCCGCACCCGCCGCCGCACGGCGUCUUCAUCUCGGCCGCCGGCACCUACGGCGCGACCGACGGGGCGCACGCCGCCUUCCCGCCGCCGCCGCCCGGCGAGCAGGGCACGCCCGCCGGCCGCCACCCGCCGCUCAACGGGCAGAUGCGUCUGGGGCUGGCGGCCGCCGCCGCCGGGGAGCUCUACGGGCGCGCCGAGGCGCACUACGGGGCCGCCGCCUCCUCCUCCUCCUCCUCCUCCUCGGCGCUGCAAGGCUACGGCUCCGUCAACCUCAACCUGGCGGCGGCCGGGCACGGGCACCCGCACCACCCCCAUCCCCACCACCACCACCAUCACCACCACCACCACCAUGGCCACGUCGGGGCCGCGGCGGCGGCGGCGGCCGGGGCCUUCCUGCGAUACAUGCGACAGCCCAUCAAGCAAGAGCUGAUCUGCAAGUGGAUCGACCGGGAGCCGCCUCCUCCCCCUCCGCCGCCGCCACCGGGCGCUAGGAAGCCUUGCUCCAAAACUUUCAGCACGAUGCAGGAGCUGGUGAGCCAUGUCACCGUGGAGCACGUCGGUGGGCCCGAGCAGAGCAGCCACGUGUGCUACUGGGAGGAGUGUCCCCGUGAAGGCAAGCCCUUCAAAGCGAAAUACAAACUCAUCAACCACAUCCGAGUACACACGGGAGAGAAGCCCUUCCCUUGCCCCUUCCCCGGCUGCGGGAAGGUCUUCGCUCGCUCUGAAAACCUCAAGAUCCACAAGCGGACUCAUACAGGGGAGAAGCCCUUCAAGUGCGAGUUCGACGGCUGCGAGAGGAAGUUCGCCAACAGCAGCGACCGCAAGAAGCAUUCCCACGUGCACACCUCGGACAAGCCCUACUACUGCAAGAUCCGGGGCUGCGACAAGUCCUACACGCACCCCAGCUCCCUGCGGAAGCACAUGAAGAUCCACUGCAAGUCGCCGCCGCCCUCCCCGCCGCCGGGCUCGCAGGGCUACGCGGCGGCGGGGCCCCCCGACGGCCCGCUGCCCCCCGAGGCGGAGCCGGCCGCCGAGCCGCCCCGCGGGCGCCGCGCCGCGCUCUCGCCGCCGGUCACCGACCUCAGCGAGUGGUACGUCUGCCAGGCCGGGGGGGCGCCCCGCCGGGCCCGCACCCCCUCCAGCCGCGGCACCUCCCCCGCAUCCGAGGAGGAUGAGCCCCACAGGACCUCGGGGGGCAGAACUGCUCCCUAGGGCCGUGCCGAGCCGUGCCAAGCUGCCGGUGGCCCCGGCCCCACCGCACUGGCCCGGGCCGCAGAGGCAGCCACCUGGCACGGGGCGCUGCCGUGGAAGUGCCAUCAGGUUUGACUCGCGCUAUUUAUUCCAUGUACGAAACCCUAUGGUGUUUGUAUGGUAACUAAUUUAAUUAAAGAGACUCGGACCUUUUUUUUUUUUUUUUUUUUUUUUUGGUAAAUAAAAGCAUUAAUAACGCCAGGCUGGGCCGUCCCAGCCACCCGAGCCGCACAAUUUUGCAGGGGGACGGUGUCAAUGGAGAUGCCCAUCUUCCACUCUGCCCAUGCCCAUUGCUCUUAACAAGAUUAAGCAGGCCAAGGCUGCAAACAAGCAGAGCCCAGCCAAUCUCUGGAAUGGCACUGAAGUACCUUAGCUGCCACCCCAGCACCUCCUCUCUGGCCUGGGUAAAGCUCCAGGUCAGCAGCAGCUUCUUGACUGUAAAGCAGCACCUGCUAAAGCUCCAGCUAGUCAAGGACAGGUUGCACAUCCCUUAAAAUAAAAUUAAAUAAAUGCAUUUCCCCGCCCCUCUUGCAGGUCAGCUCCUUUGUAGUUGAGGGUUUCUCUCCCGAGUCGGGGGGUCCCACCUGCACCCGGCAUUUUCUCUGCAGCCUUUCUUUCACCCUUAGCCAUAACAUUGUGCAAACGAUUUAUGAAAGGAAAGACAAAAGAUGCAGGACUCCUUUUUCACUCCUCCACGGUUUGUACUUGUAUGGCUGCUACAACGUAGCCAGAGAAUAAAAGAAACACGCUGCUAUUUGACAACUGUGAUACUGUGAUACAUUUUUGAUUUUUUCCCCCCUAAAAACAGCGCACGGAAACUCUGCGAAUUUUGCUUUCCUUGGGGUUGGUGUUAUUAUUACUCUGAGUAUUAUUGGUUUUUUUUUUUAAAGUUCGUCUCUCAGAUGAAGAUUUUGCCUCAUGCUCCCUCCAGUCCUCUGGGGGUUGGGAGGGCGAGCAGCCCCCCGGGCCUGACGAGUCCCGGAGUAGGGGGCAGGCACAGAGGGAUUAUCUUUUUAUUAUUAUUUUUAUGUAUAUCAUUUCAUCUCUCCAACCGAGCUGAUGCCUGCGUGCUUUUCAGCAUCCCCCUGAAGUGGCCCGGCAGAGUCACCUGGCAGGUGGGGACCAGAGCUGCUGGGAGGGAAGCCCGGGGUGGGGACACGGGCUGGGCUCGGGGUGCCAGCCUGCCCAAAGCUGCCAAGAGCCAGCCCUGCGGCCGGGGCUGCGGGAACACCCCAGCCCAGAGCCCUGGAGUCGGGAGCGGGGCGCAAAUGAAGUAAAGAGCACUAAUUCCUCCUCAGAGACCCCGAGAGAAGAAGCGGCAGCCUCCCUCCCCUCCCCCAGGGCUUGUGGAAAUGUGUUUUGUGUGCCGUGAAUGGUGGAUGUCGUCUUGUCAUUGUUAAUAACGUGUAUGUGAACGCGAUUAUUUUGUACAGUCAAAUUAAUUUAUUUUCUGACAUCACCCUUUUUCCCCCCCCUUUUUUUUUUGACUCCCCUGUAACAGUACAGAGCACACCAAAGAAUUAUCUUAUUAAUUUUGGUGAUAGAUUGUUGUUUAUGCUGAUGUGGUUUGUACAAAAAAGAAAUCAUUAUAUUUUUCAGCUUACUUGAAUGAACGAUGUAAUGUGAAACAGACUCUUCCUGCAUGUCCUCCGUGCGGUGUGUUGGUGCUGAUAAUAUAUAAAUUUAUGUAUAGUUCAUAGAGAUAUUAUAUUAUUAGUACAGUGCAUGGUGCUGUCACUCUGGAAGCCUUUAAACGUUGUCUUCAUAUUGUUGUGUUGGAUCUAAAGAAGCAGGCGUUACUUUGAAAACAAGACGAAAACUUGAAUAGAAAAUAAUUUUUUAAAGCUCAUUCAAUUUGCUUUUUAUUCGUUUUUCAAAGCCCAUUUGAAUAAAUAGAAAAUAAUAAACUGAGGUAUGAACUUUUUAAAAAAUAAUUUAUGUAAUGUAAUCUUAUUAGAGAUAUAUUGGUGCUGAUUUAUAAACGAACUUUUUAA